AUGAAUGGGAUUAGCCACCUCUAACCGCCUGUGUUUUGUGUGGGGGCGAAAGCGUGUUGCCCCGUUUCUCCUUUAAAUUCCCCUUUCCUGGACACAAAAUGAACGAUUUGAACCUGCGAGUGGCUGCCCUGAAGCUGUGUGCCCAUCCCAAGAGGUUUGCGGAGCUCCGAGAUGCCUUAGUACCCCUACCGGAGCGUUGGAGUUCAGAUUCCCAUGAGUUUGUGAGGCUAUUUGCCAAGGCCCAGAGCAGUGCGGAACAGGUCCUGGCGGUUAAGGAGCUAUUUUACAAGGAAAGGGAUCUGCAUCUGGAGAAGAUUCCUCUGGUGGAGUUGUUUCUGGCCGAUCUCCUGUUUGUUAGUCCCCUGAAGCACGCUGUGCGGAAUCAACUGACCAGGCUCUUUUCGGACAAGGCAUUGGACAAAAAAGUUCAAAACCUGGAGCAUGGCCACACAAAGGACUCCCUGCUGAAGGCUCUUCUGCAGGCGCUCAAGGACCUGAUUGGCAAGGACCUGGAGCUGAGGAGCCACGACUCCAUCAACGACAUCUUCGUUUCCGCCAACGCCUGCCUGCAGAACUUUCCAUAUGGCCACGAAAUUCUGGGCGAAUCCCUGGAAUUAUUGGUGCCACUACUUCCCCUGGGCUUGGAGCGUUACUGGAAGGAUAUCAGUGAUCCCUCGCUGGAACUGUCGCCCACGCGUCGCAACGAGCUGUACCUCUACCUCCAGAAUGUCUUGCGCUUCCUGGUUAGCCUGCUCUCUGAGUGGAGUGCAGAACUAGGCCAUGAAUCCUGGCAAGCUUUGCUAAGAAGAGCGGACGCAAUUGCCCAGAAGGUGGCCCGCCACGUGGACACUCCCUGGGACGUCCGUUCCAUAGCUGGACUGCUGAUCGGUCACCUGGCGCGCCUCUCUGGCGGCUUCUCCGGCUAUCUGGAGCACUGUGCCCGUGCCGAGGCGGAGCCCCGGGAUCUGCCCAUCCAGACGGCUGCCCUGCUGGUGCUCCAGCCUUCGGAUUACCCGGAACACGCUCCCGUCGCCCUGUCCAUACUUCAGGCCGUCCUGGCCGUCGGUCAGCGGGAGGGGAACGUGAGCAACUUGCUGGUCUAUCUCUCCAAGCACCUGUUCAUCUACUCCAAGUCCCUGGGGGAUGUUGAUCCCGGCUUCUACCGGAGCAUCCUGCCGGAGUUGCAGGGAUUCGCGCUGCAGCACCUAGCCAGUCCCACGGACUCUGUGCGUCACAUGUCCAGCGGCCUGUUCCGGCAGACCCUGCAGCACGCCCAGGCCGCCGGCCAGGUGGAGCUCUUCCAGGUCGUCUACAGGCAGUUCGAGGAGCACAGCGCCUCCCUGGGAGCCAGCUGCCUGGCACUGGAGCAGCUCGUGGGUGUGGUGGGCGUGGCAGAGGCCCUGGACCAGUGCCCAUCGCUGGUGAAGGAGAUCUUUCCCAGAUUCCUCGGCUGCGAGGACAGCGUGGACUCACUUUUCAAAGCCAUGAUGGUGGCGGCCCACAAGACCCAAACCUUCCAGAACUGGCAUCGUCUGUGGUUCACCCAGCUCCUGGAGGCGCUCCAGGUCCCGGAGAAGCGACGAUCGGCCGUGGAGCACCUGAUGACCCAGGCGGUGCAGCUGGAGCCGACGGCUCUGGUGAAUCUGCUCCUGGAGGACGGCCAUCUGCCGCUGAGCAGCAAACUGGCGGCCAUCCUGAGUGUCCGGCAGCUCAGCAAGCGCCGGCAGGAGUUCCUUUCGAGCCUGAAGCUCGAGCUGGAGCAGGCUCUGCUGGGACUGGACGACCACACGCGACUGCUGGCCCUGCGCUUCGUGGUGGAGACGCCGCGUCCAAGCGAUCCCCUGAGCCGAGAAGAGGCGGAGGCCAUCGAGCUGUACCUGAAGCACAAUGCCAACAAUCCCAGCGCCCACCUCCGGCAGCUGGGAUACGGGCUCUUGCAGAAGGCCCUGCAGAGGAUCCGCCUGGGCCUGGCGGAGCACCAGAAGCGACCCAGCCCGGCGGGGCAGCUGCUCCGGGACCUGCUCUCGCGCCUGAUGCAGUUGCUCGCCCGGAACCUCUUCCCUUCGGCGAACUACGGCCGGCGGUGGCUGUCGCUGCACUUGCUCCGCGACUGCGUGGAUCUCUGCCGGCAGUUGGAGCUGCGGGAGUGCGAGGAGGAGCUGCCAUCGGUGGCCUUGGGGAACCUGGAGCUCUGCCUGGGCGACAGCUACGAGCAGAACAAAGUCCUGGCCGCUCGCCUUCUCGAGAAGCUGCAAGUCAAGUCGCAUCUGAGUCCAGUGGAGAUAAUGGAGCUUCUCCUAUCCCUGAGGCCGCCUGACUCUGUGACGGGAGCCUACCAGCUCCAGGUCUACUGCCGGGUCCAGGAAGUAGCGGAGGAACUGCCAGCAUCGCAUCCUCCGCAGGGGAUAAGCGAGGAACCCAGGAUCUAUGCAGCGCUCCAGUGGUGCCUGGAGUACCUGAGAGGAGGACUGAGUCUCGCCCAAAAGGACCUGGCCCAGGCCGCCAAGCUAAACCCACUUUACGGGCUGCUCUUCGCCAGCCGGCAUCUCCUCCAGCAGGUGGACCUCAAGCACCUGGCCAAGGAGCCGGCUUGGAGGCAGUACGUCCAGGACCUGGUGGCGAUCUGCCUGGAAGUGAGCCGGGUGGUCCUGCCGGUGGUGAGCAGUGCCUCGCCGGAGGGGCACCUGCCGGAGACGCGCCACCACGAGACCGACCAGCCACUCACCAAUGUCCUGAGCCGGCGACUGGCCAGCGAGGUACUGCAGCAGGUGAAGACCACGCCGCAAAUGGUGCUGCUCUGCGCCUGGCGGAGCAUCAAGGAGGUCUCCCUGAUCCUGGGCGAACUGGUGGAACGGGCGCCGCUGGAGGAGGAGGAGAGGCAGAAGGAGCAGUCGGAAAACAGCUUCCUGCUGAGCAGCCAGCAGCUGGAGGAGAUCGGCGAGCUGUUCCUGCUCCUCCUGGCGGAGACCAAGCAUCGGGGCGCCUUCGAGCAGGCCUACGUGGGCUUCCAACUGCUUUGCCGCCGGUUCUGGCACAGUGACGCAGUGCGUCUCAACCAGCUGCCCAACCAGUGGGUCAGCGAGGCCAUGUCGAUGGUCAGUGGCGAUGGGGACGCGAACAGCGACCAGCAGGAGCAAAGGACUCGGUUGUGCUCCACCCGGCGCAGUGCCGGGAUGCCCUUCAUGCUGCAGGCCCUGAUCUGCACGGAACUCAAGCUGGGAACGCACGCCACGCUCCACCGCUGCAUGCAGCGCCUCCUGGAGGUGUGCGAGGAGAGGAGCACCACCGCCGCCGGCGUCACCGCUCGCAGCCACGCCCUCAACAUCCUGCGCGCCCUCUUCCGGUGCAGCGAGCUCGCCGAACUGGUCACCGAGUUCGUGGCCCGGGGCAUCCGCUGCGCCCUGGAGAGCCUCCUGGCCGAGGAGUGGGCGGAGCGCAACUGCGCCACCCUCCUACUGGCCGCCCUGGUGGUGCGGGUCUUCGGCGUGGAACGCGCCCGCCUGGAGUCGGGCGAACUGCAUGUCCGCAACCGGAUGACGGGCCGGAUAUUCUUCACCAGGUACCCGGAGCUCUUCGACUACUUCCACGCCGGACUGCAGCGCGAGGCGGAUCAGAUGGCGGACAGGAAGGGUGGCCGGGAGGGAGGCAACGAGAAGCGCCGUCAGACCGUCCAGCUGGAGGCCAUGCUGCUCAUGCUGAGUCGUCUGUAUCCUUCGUCCUUGGAGGGAGCCGAGUCCUCAUUGAAUCUGAGCGAGUUUGUUCCUUUCCUGCUAAAGAUCUGCCGCUCCCACGACCUGAUGACCCGCGAGAGAGCCGCCCUGGUGGUGGCCAACUUUGUCAGCCAGGAGCAGGCUCUGGCCGAGAUCAGACGCAUUGUGGUGGAGCUGAAGGGCCUGCAUCUGAAGUUUAGGCUCCAGAAAUCCCUUCAUUUCAAUGCCAACCACUGGCAUGGCCGGCUGCUCCUGCUCCUCCAGCUGCAGCGCUUGGUGCGGUGGACGAGUCCUUCCCUGGCCAGGAUGCAGCUGCACACCCUGGCCUCCUUGGCAGCUCCCUUCCUCCAGCUCAGCGCCUGUGUUUUCGGCGCCCUUCUCGAUGUGAUGGCCGUUAUCCUGGAGGAGGCCACCCAACUGGACGAAUUCCUGCUCAAAGACACCUCCGUCCUCCUGGAAUUGGACCAAUCCGACAUAUCUAGGCGGUGUGGCGAGCAGGGUGUCUCCACCAGGUGCUACCAGGUGCUCUGCCUCCACCUCCGCCGCUUGAGUGGCAACACGGAGGCCUUGGUGCACCAUUUGGAGGAGCUGGGGGAGGAUUACUCCCAUGCGGGCGCCUUGGCUGUGGAACUCUGGCUCUAUGUACUCCUUCAGCGCUCCCAGGACUCUGACCAGGACGUGGAUCACUUCAACUUUGCCAGCGACACAAGGAAGUACUACAACGCCCUCAGUCCUGGCCAGCGCCAGGAAGUCACCCUGCGUUUGUACGAGUCCCGGAGAGUGCGGUCCUGCGUCCUGAAAAUGCUGGACGCGCCAAGGUAUUGGAGUCUCGAACUGGAUGCCCAACUCACUGCCCUGCAGCCUCUGCUUCGGGAUCCGGGGCUGGAACUGGAACUGCUGCUGCAGCGCUGCAGGGACACCAGCUUCAGCUGGCAGCACCCGGGACUGGUGUUGUCCCUGAAACGCCUGAUUGGAGAGGGGAGGAGCCUGGAGUGGGCCAGCUGGCUGCCCAUUCUGGAGUACGCCCUGCGCCUCGUGGAUCCCGUCCAGCCGAACUACCUUCGCUUCCAGGCCGCCGAGCUGUGUCACCUGCUGGGAGAGAGCGGAGGAGGGAAAAUAGUCAGAAGCUCCAACCCGGACAUCAUUGGCAGCUUCACCCGUCUGGUGCUCCUCCUGCUGCUGGACGAGGCCGAGUGGGUGCGCCACAGAGCUGCGCAGUUGGUAGUGGAACAGUCUGGCGACGGGGACGCCAUCCUGCCCAGCGUCCUCAUUCCCAGAUUCCUCAAGUCCAUGCUGCAGAAUGUGGCGGAAACUGCUCCAGACUCCGGGUUUGUGACCCGCCUGUUCCACCUGAUUUCCGAGCCCUUCGUGGCCUUCAGGGAUAAGGAGGACCAGUCUCCGGACUUGGACGCGGAAGUGGAGGUCUUCGACAAGCAGGAAAUCAAUCUGUAUUGCGAGUCCUUGCUGGUCCUCUGCCAGGUGGCCGUUGCCUUCAGGGAGAGCUUCGCAUCCUGCCAGGAAGUCAUGGAAACCAUCGAUUCCCUGGGCCUGCCCUCCGACUUGGUGGAUUAGUCGCCAGAAUACCUCACUUUGAAGCAUCUACUCCUCGAGUUUAAGGACUUAUAGGUUGAUACAAAAAAUAUAAAUAUUUAAGAAUAAACAAAUAUAAAUAGUCAGGGACUGUAAUCAUUAUGAGUUUUAUUUAAAAAACCACAAAAUAAUCAUUACUUUCUGACCGAGAAAAUAUAAUAAAAAAAAGAAAUAAUCACUAUUUGUGAUGUUAAUUUUUUCGCUUUAAUUAAUGGUUUUUAAUGGUAAUGAGAUAUGGUUGGAUAUAUCUAAAAUAUUUAAUAAAUUAUUCUUGAUUUUUUUUCGCUCUGAACAUACUGAUUAUUUUAUGAUUUUAAAUAGAAAAAUAAUAAUAAUCAUUAUAUACACUCCAUGGGAAUGAUAAAAAUAAAAAUAGUUUUUAAAAAGACAUAUGAGACAAUUGCAUUUCACCGAAAGAUGAAAAUUGAUUGAAAGUAUAAAUUGAAACAGAGAAAUUAGAGUAAUUAAAGGGCACAGGCACUUAUAAAAUUUAAAUUAAAACAAAGUCAACAAGGAAAUAUCAUGAAUAUUUUCCGAUAGAGCUCAAAGUAUUAUAAAAAUACGAAUAAAAUAAUUAAACCAGAGCAUCAUAUGCCCUCUGCACUCUGAAUCAAAAAAUGAAUAAAUCAAAAAUAAAAUAGGUGGAUAAAUGAAAUAAUCUUUCGAAGUAUACCCAAGUCCGAAGCAAUAAAGUUCCAUUGAAAUAAAAAUAAGAAGAAACUGAAGAUGUCAGGAUGGUUGGAACCAGAAUGUAUAAGGCAAUUUUAUGUGUAAAUAUUGUUAAAUUAAAAUAUUAAAUUAAAAUAAAAUUAAAAUAAGAACCGCGAGAAGCCAAAGCGUGAGGGAAUUAGGUUCCACUGCAAGAAAAAAAGAAGAACCCGGAGAGAAGAUUCGCAAGACUGCUGUUACUCGAAGACAGUAGUAUAGUCUUCGAGUACCCGAAGACAGUAGUAUAGUCUUCGACUAACAGCAGCCCUUCGCAUCUCACCUGCAGUUUCUUCUUUUCCCACUGCAGUGGAACUGAUCAAAUGCAAGAAAUAUAAAUGAAAUAAAAUAAAAUUAAAUAAAAUAAGAAAAUCAGCAGGAAGACUUCAGCAUGAAAUUAUUUGAAAGUCCAAAAUAUUUUCCUUAUUCCUCCAAAUAAAAGGAAAAAUAAUAUAAUUAAUAAAAAAAUAA